GGAAGCUACCAACGAGCUCAUUAACGAGGAGCUGGGCAUUGCAUACCCUAUCAUCGACGGCAUCCCGAACAUGAUCCCAGAGGCUGCCAGGAUGACUCGGAAGAAGCCUCCAGCGGAAAGCCCGGAGCAGCCCUGAGGUGCCGCCAGCCACCGCGGUAAACUGGUGCCGAUGGCCGGGGGAGGAGGCGUGCUCCCCUCCCUGCCCACGCUGACUGUCCUUGUCCCUCUCCUGUCCCUAGCAGGCUUGUUCUACUCAGCCAGCGUAGAUGAAGCCUUCCCACAGGGCUGCACCAGCACAAACAGUUUGUGUUUCUACAGCCUUCUCCUUCCUGUUACAAUACCGGUUUAUGUAUUCUUCCACCUGUGGACCUGGAUGGGAAUUAAGCUUUUCAGGCACAACUAGUGCAAUGCAUUAGCUAGCUGGAUUAUAAUUGGCUUUUCACCUCU